UCCACCGGGUCAAACCAGCGGCGUCCCUGAGCAGGCACAGAGCGCGGGUCACGGGUCAGCAUGUGUGAUGGACAGAGAGAGGGAACUCCUUCAGUGAAGGAGCUGGAGAAGGUUCUGUACGGAGGGAAACGGAGCGGACAUCAUGUGGAUGAAGUCUGGCCCAACCUGUUCCUGGGAGACAUGUCAAUAGCUAAUGACCGCUAUGGCCUGUGGAAGCUGAGGAUCUCUCACGUCCUGAAUGCGGCCCAUGGUAAAAUGCACUGCCAGGGCAGCCAUGAGUUUUACGGCUCGUCCAUAGAAUACUUCGGCGUACCUGCGGAUGACUCGCCCUCCUUCAACCUGUCUGUUUAUUUCCAGCCGUGUGCUGACCACAUCCAUCAGGUGCUGAGCUCACCUGGAGCACGGUUGCUGGUACACUGUGCGGUGGGCGUGAGUCGCUCUGCUUCGUUGGUACUUGCCUACCUGAUGAUCCACCAGAAGCUCCCCCUGCUGGAGGCCAUUAAAGCUGUCAAAGAGCACCGGUGGAUUUUCCCCAACCGUGGAUUCCUCAAACAGCUCAGAGCGCUGGAUAUCAGGCUAUACGGAUAAACAGCUCCGAGCGCUGGAUAUCAGGCUAUACGGAUAAACAGCUCAGAGCGCUGGAUAUCAGGUUAUACAGAUAAACAGCUCCGAGCGCUGGAUAUCAGGCUAUACGGCUAAACAGCUCAGAGCGCUGGAUAUCAGGCUAUACGGCUAAACAGCUCCGAUCGCUGGAUAUCAGGCUAUACGGCUAAACAG